CCUCUGUCAUCCCACGCCUUCCCUGUGUGUGUAGAGCGACCGUCACCAUGGCUCGCCUCUCCCCUCUCUUCGUCUCACUCCUCAUCGCCAUUCUCUCCCUGGGAGUCGCGGACCAUCACGGGCGCACAAAGCCGGCCGCCCCUCCCAUCUCGGUGAAGCCGGGUGCCCCUCCCGUCUCGGCGAAGCCGGCCAUCUCUCCGUUCGCGCUGUCUCGCCUCGCGAGUUCCCAGGCGGACCUGGGCUUCCAACUCUUCCACAAACUGGGCGAGGCAUCACCGGGCCAGAAUAUCCUCUUCUCGCCUCUCACCACCUCUGCAGCGCUCAUGAUGCUACUGGCUGGCACGGCCCAUCAGACAGAGACUCAGCUCACCAACGCCCUGCGUCUACAAUUCCUCCGUGACCCGAAUCCCCAGGCCUCUUUCCAAGCUCUGGUUUCCAAACUGCAUCAUGGCCAUGACAGCACCAACAUCGCUGCCCGCAUCUUCACCGCCAAAGAUGCCAAAAUCAAGCAGCAAUUUCUCGACGCGGUGGAGAAGUACCACAAAGCCAAACCGCAGAACUUGAUCGGGAACGUGAAGGAAGACGUGGCACUGAUAAAUAAGUGGGUGGCCGAAAAGACGGAAGGACACAUCCCAGACCUCAUCAAAGAGCUUCCCGCCGAUCUGCAGCUCUUUAUUGUGAGCGCCAUUUUCUUCAAGGGUAAGUGGCUGAAUCCUUUCCAGGUUGAGUCUACGAGUCCGAGGCCGUUCCACCUGAGUCCAACCAACGAGACGCAGGUCCCCACCAUGUUUGCCAGUGAUUACCCCGUGAAGAAGGGGAGACACCCCAGCCUGCCAGUCACGGUCGCCCAAAUCCAGUUCCAGGGCAACACGAGUCUGCUGCUGUUCGUCCCUGACGCGGUGAGCACCAACCUGUCCGCGCUGGAGUCGUCGCUCUCCUCCCAGCUCGUGACCACGCUGGUGGAGGAGACGCUGGUGCAGAAGAAGAUCAAUUUGCAGCUGCCGCUCAUUUCCUUGGACGUCGAGAGCAACCUCAAGCAGACGCUGACGGACAUCGGUCUUGGAGAUCUCUUCAAUGCUCCGGACCUCAGCAAGAUCUCGGACACUCCUAUCCGUGUCUCCAAGGUCAUCCACCGUGCCACCAUGACCCUGAACGAGGAGGGAGUCAAGGCCGCGGCCGCCACGGGGAUAAUGAUCAGUCUCACGUCCGCCCGGCUUCCCGAGGAGCUGAAGGUGGACAGACCGUUCGUCUUCCUCAUCAGAGACGACGAGACGGGGGCUCUGCUCUUCGCAGGAAGGGUCACGAACCCCCCUCCCGUGCCCGAGAAGAAGAAGAAACACGGGGAUACCUCCUCAUCCGAGGAGCAUGGCAAGGAGGGAAAGCGAGGGAAGAAGGAGGGAAAUAAGCAUCAUCAUUAGAAAGUGAGAAAUAAUUGCGGUCAGACGGGAUAAUUUUUCUAGAUUUGAAGCUUUCGUGACUGCAAGGAUUCAUAUUCUUAGGUUUUUUCGGUAAAGUCACGUGGGCAAAAAAUUAAAAUUAAAAUUAAUAAAAGUAAAAUAAAAAUAAAAUAAAAAUCACGACGUUUCGGAGGCAACACAAGCUUCCGUCUUCAGGUGGAACCGUCACAGCAACGAUUGCUGCAUCAAGUAAUUUUUUACCUACGUGACUUUACCGAAAAAAACCUAAGAAUAUAAUUUUUCGUGUGUUUUGGUCUACACGGUUUCCGCUCACUGCCGAGUCACUACGUCCGGUUCGUAAUUGAGUCGGUUUUGGAUUUGCCUCGUUCUCGCCGGAUUAAUCAGUCGCCUCCCCACCUCAAACGCAAAUCAGACGGUGAACAAACUGCACUCUCCUGAUGAUUGGAGUGACGGUUCGCGCUAUCUACAUCACGCCGGCCAUGUUUUACCGACCAUCGGGCUCGUGCGGGCAUGCAUCCUCAUUUGUAUUCGAGUGCGGGAGGACUGGUCAAGGUAGAAAGAUGGGACUGUGGUAGUUCGCAAGCAUUCGAGAAACCCUGUCGCCGUGGUCGCAAACUGAUGUCGAAAAUGUCAUGUGGUGGUGUCCUUGCAUUUGAUCCUGACACCAAGAUGCGUGUGUCUGCUGAUAAGUCCACAGAGGCGCUGUUUCAUCGGGAGCAAUAAACAUGAGCCCUACUUGUUCCCUUGUUUGUGCGUGGAGCAGGAGGGGAUCCUGAACGAUCCAGGGUGUCAUGGUGGCUAAUAUUGUCAAUUACAUCGCCUGGUAUAGCUUAACCCAGCUUAAAUAUACGCUGCCAAGCUUGGUGGUGUUCAUUCAGACGCUGUCUUUCCGACAGACCUGUUCUUCACCUGAGGACGGCUGCUUGCGUUAUGGCUGAAACGUCGUGAGAAUUAUCUUAUUAUGUUUAAUUUUUAUUAUUUUAUUAUUUCCCUUCUAAGUGACUUUACCGAAAGAACCAAGAAGAUGGUAUACAGGAGGUCGCGGGGUUCGACGCAGACCCUGAUGACUGCUCUCUGUUUGGAGUUUGCGUGUUCUCUCUCCCCGUGGUCGCAUGGAUUUUUCUCGGGGCCUCCGGUUUCCCCUCCAAAUUUAGACAAGUGUGUUUUAGAGUUAUUUGGCUGAUUUACAUUUCCACGUGAUAUGCCACUUCGUUGGGUUAUCAUUUGUGAUUGCCAGGUCACUUCUGAAAAAGGGCUAAAUAGCUCAGGGGGCCUUACCCGGUAACAUAAUAAUCGUAAUAAAUACAUUUUCGAAACUUGCUCCAUUAUUGAAAUUUGCUAUGUGGGGCAUUGGAAUCAAUAACCAGCAGAUUCCCAGGGAAGUCUGGAAACAAUUCGACAGGACAGUAAAUAAAUACACAGCUCACCCUGCCCAACCAGCCUACACACCAGAGGUCGCAAA